AUGACGCGCGUGGUGGCCGUCGGUGCAAUUCUCUUCUCCGUGACCCUGCUCUGUUCUCUCGUCGCGAGCGUGGGUGUAUGUUCCAACGACCUCACAGGUGCAUCCCUUCUCAAUGCUUUGAGCGAUAUGAGGAUAGGUACAGAUACCGACAUGAGUUUUGUAUUCUUUGCCGCACUCGUAGACGUCGGUCUGCAGUCGUAUUGCGGGAAUACGCUGCGAAAUUUGGGUAGUGCGUCUGCUCAGACUCUCAUUCUCGUUCCCGACAGUGCCUUUGAGAGGGCGUCGAUAGUCAUGGAUAAAGGAUUAGAAGAAAUAACAAGUGACAGAGUCCUCGUCUGUGAAAUUUUGGAGUCAUCCAUCGUGCAAGCAGCAUUGAACAGCCGCGAUGUUCGAGACGGAGACGAGCUCUCUACCGCGUCAAUGCGUAUGCCCAAGCUUCGCGUAGACGUCGUUCAAGACAUAAACGUUCGCAAAUUACGAAUUUUCACUGAUGUUGGAACAACUAUCGCUGAUUUAUUCGCGACAGAUGUCGCUCUGUGUCCUCGCUUGAGUGCCGUGUUCGCCUCAGAGCUCUUGAUACCAUUAGUCGAGUCAAACGCUUUUCCCAGUGUGUGGAAGAUAUCAAAAUCAUUACCAGAGCUUAGCACGAGUGCUGAAGCAUUUCGAAUCACUGAUUCGUUGCGCGUGAUAUUCGAAUCGAGCGAAUACGAUGGCUACGAUGGGACUGUGGGGAGGUCAAGUUUGCAGACAUGUGUCUUUGAUGGAACAAAUCAUGGAUUUCGCGCUUAUUUCUUACCAUCGAAUCGCGCCUGGAGACGGUUCUUUCGCAAAACUGAGCUCACAAAAUCUGCUCUUUUCUCAGAUUACUCCCUUCUUCUCAGUAUCCUGCUUUACACUGAAGGACAGCUAACGUCGACACAGCAAAGUAUUGACUUGAAGUCGUACUUGUCGACGAGCCUCGUCCCAGGACAAUUGCUACGCCCCGUCGGGGCGUCUACAAUUUUGAGUGCCUUUCCAGGACAAGUGGAGAUUCCAGCUUUGCGAGUGGACGUGGACAUAUCUAAGGUCAGUUCGCGAUACGUUAGAAUUUCUGGUGGGAGCACGAGCAGUCGCUUUGAUAACACCGCCGUCGUCGUCGCCGCAGAUAUUGUUUCAUGCACUGGCAUCGUCCAUAUCAUCGAUGAUGUGCUAGUUCCACCAAUGUUGACAGCAUUUCGUCAGCUCUCAUUGCGUAGCGAGCUGUCUAUGUUUACAGAUCUGUUACGAGCGCCCGCAAUGCAUGAGUUGAUGCUCGAACUCGAUACACCAUCCGAAACGAAUAUAUUUGCUGACAGCGUCGUUUUCGCGCCAACAAAUGUAGCGAUUCGACUAACUUUGAAUUACAUCGGUUGGACGUUCGAAGAUUUGUUCCAGAGGGACGCACUGUUGCGACAAUUUGUCACGUACCACGUCAUAAGUACUCGAAGCGCCGAAGGAGCCCCUGAAAGACUCAAAUUUCGUCUAGGACUCGGUCCCGAGGAACAGCAGUUUGCCACGCGCUUGGCAUAUCCAAUCUUAGCGAAGAGCUACGCUAACACGUUCCAAGGCACGCCCAUCGCUAAGACAGUGAAAGUACUCUCAACUCGCCGCGGCGUGAAAAAGUUCUUCACACCCCGCCAUGUGCUUCGAGGACGUUUAAACUCUGCACGGUUCAUCAAAAGUGACAUUCCAUCGACGAAUGGCGGUAUCGCUAUUAUCGAUGCGGCGCUCAUUCCACCGACGGCGGAAUUCGGAGUGACUCUUUACGAUAGAAUUCUUCGCACACCGACGCUGCGUGUUUUUCGUGAACUUACAAGCGUUCUCGGCCUCCAGCGCGAGUUUGACACGCAAGGUUUUGGAAACGGUGACUGUACCGUAUUUGCACCGACGGAUUCCGCAUGGGUUACCUUACUUGCCGAUCUCAUGACGACGCAGGAGGAAAUCGCAAACCGCGCCACAGCGAUGCUGUACGAUAUUAUCAUGCUCAUGCUCGCCCCUAGAACGGAAGAAUUUCAAGAGAUUGAACGCGAACUUUAUGACCCAUGGCUGUCAAAGGACGCACUGGAUGGUGACGAGCUCGUGACCGCGCUCUCGGGGUAUACGACGGUGAGAGUACUUUGA